AUGGCGGCCUCGUGCCACGACGUGGACGUGCCGGGGAAGCCGACGGAGAUGGCGACGGCGCUGCUGGAGACGCCGACGGGGGCCAUCCAGGGGUUCGCCCCCAUCAACCAGAUCCACCAGCACCUUUGCGCCUUCCACUUCUACGGGGAUGACAUGACGCGGCAGGUGGAGGCGCACCACUUCUGCGCGCACCUCAACGAGGACGUGCAGCAAUGCCUCAUCUUCGACGGGCCGGAGGCCGGCGCGCGCCUCAUCGGCCUUGAGUACAUCGUCACCGAGGAGCUGUUCCUCACGCUGCCCGACGAGGAGAAGCCGAUGUGGCACACCCACGAGUUCGAGGUCAAGGGCGGUGUGCUCUUCAUGCCCGGCGUCCCCGGCGUCGUCGAGCGCCGGGACCUCAAGGUCGUCGCCAGGACCUACGGCAAGACCGUCCACUUCUGGCAGGUCGACCGCGGCGACGCCCUCCCGCUCGGCCUCCCGCAGAUCAUGAUGGCGCUCACCCGCGAGGGCCGGCUCCGGCAGGAUCUCGCCGACUGUGUGGAGAAGAAGUUCAGCGUGUCGUUCCAGAAGGAGAGGGAGAACCGGGCGUACAUGAACGGGCCGGCGCACGGCAUCCACCCGUUGGCCAAUGCGGCUGGGAAGGGCUUGAAGACGGAGAUCCGCGAGGUCGAUCUUCCGGCUGCGAAUACCGGAGCCAGGAUUUUCACCUGA